GAUGCAAACAGCCUGCAAUUGAAAUGAAGAGCAUACUUUGGUCAACAGCGAGCUUCGGUUUGUUGUUUGCAGUCGGCCAUGUAGGCUGCGCAGAGUCUGAUGAGAAGAGCAAUGACGCAGAUAAGCUGAUGCAGGAAAUAAGCAGCAAAUAUGGCUUAGUUAACCAAACCGGUGAACCUUUUCUUCAAUUGAGUUUUAAAUGCAUCACGAUGGAAAUGACGGGAGGAAGCGCACCAUACACGGUAUUUGUUGACUGCAGUGAGAAAACAAAUGGGCCACCUUCAUCUCUAACCGCCUAUGCCAACAAUUGGGAGACAAUAAUUUAUUCGGCGACGACAUCUGCAACCGAGGGGUCUUCAGUCAAUAACACUAUUUGCUUUAAACCUGAUCGCAGUGAAACUACAGCAUGGCCUGGCGAAAAAACAUAUGAAUUACUACUGGCUGAUUACGGGUUCUGUUUUGUACUUGGAAGUGUGGGCGGAUCUUCCAACGGAAAGCAUUGCUCACUGUGGAAAAAAAUUGAACUGCCGGAAUCCUGUCCUGUGGAAACCAAACAAGCCUCAACUUGCAAUGAUACAUUUGAACAGUGCAAAAUGACACCCACUCGUUUGGUUCAUAGUGGCCGAACGAUGAAGAAAAGAUACGCAGACUUUAGUAGUCACCGACGACUACUGACUUGAUGCCAAAAUCUUCAACCAGUGUAUUUUCGAAAAAAUUUCCUUGCUGUAUUAAUAAAAUAAAGAAAAAUGUA